AUGGAUUCUGAAGAUAAUCCUUUUUCUUCUGCUUCCAGACGUCCACCAAUCCGUACUAUCAUAAAAGAAACCAUAAUUCUCGCUAAACUUCUUCCGAAUCGAAUCGAAUAUACCGACUUGACUAGAAGACGAAAUAACGGAGUUUCAUUUCGCAGUAAAAUAAUCUUGAAUCACGUCUACAACACCAUGACAUAUUAUUCUCACAUUCCUCGUCUCACCGGAGAUAAUUUCGAUUUCUUGGUUCGAUACUUGGGAGAGGAAAGUAGCAAAGUCAAAAAAUAUCUCGAUAACAAACGGAACAGAAGUUCAUUGAACUCUAGAAAUCUCCAGGACCCAAAUCUUGUCAAAUCGAGAAACUCUCGUGAAGGCAUCUCUAUAAUUGUCAGCAGAGCAAUCAAAAUGUUUUCUGGAAGUGAUUACAGGCGACUCUUUAACUACAUCCACCAUCAUAUCCAAGAGUACGGAGGUUUCAUCAAUACGGAUGACGCUCUGAAGCUGAGUGAGCACACUAGAAAAUCUAGAAAAAAGAUAAGCUCGUACUUCUCACGUGUUCGAAACUUGUUGUCGACGAAGAGUCAAUCGACGUCAUCUGGAUCUAUUGUACAAGUGGAAUCGAAUGAGGAUUCUGAUAUUGAUUUGGCUCCGGUGGCUUCUGCUUGUGUAAAAAAAAACAGAAAAAAAAACUCGCAGAAGAAAGCCAAACAUUACAUCACCACCUUAGUUCAAUAUAGCCCUAAAGAAGUUUACACGGAACAGUGA